GUAUGUUACUAUGUUUUACCACUUUUACGUUAUAUUUAAAGACUUAACUUGUAGAUUCUGCAGUUUAAUUGCGUUAUAGGCUGUAUAGAAGUAUCUUUUUCUAACAAUGGAAAAUGGAGUGCCUGCUGAGAAACCACCAGGGACUGCUGUGGAACAGGCAUCUGCUGAGGAAAAUGGAAAACCCACUGAAGAAAAAACGAAAGUAAGGAAAGAUGAAUCAAAAUCUCGUAAAAGACAUCGAUCACGAUCAAGAAGUCGUAAACGAUCGAGAUCAAAAGGACGAAGAUCAAGAUCUCGCAACAGAUCACCGAGGCGCAAAAAAAGUCCUUCACAUAAACGAAGACGAUCAAGAGAAAGAAGAUCGGGUUCAAGAGACAGAAGAAGAAAAAGAUCAAAAGAACGAAGAUCACGUCGUUCCAGAAGUAAAAACAAAAAAAGAGGAAGAAGUGAAAGUUCUUCUGGUAGUGACAGCUCUGAUGCUAAAACCACAACAGUUAAACCAAGCAGUGAAACUACAACAACAGAAUCCACUGCAACAACUACUACUGUAAAUAAUGGAAAUAUUAAAGUGAAAGACGUUAAAACCAGUGAUUCAACUACGAAAGUAAAAACAGAAAAGAGGAAAGCUGAAAGAAAUGAAAGAGAGAAGGAAUCGAGAGAUAAAAAAGACAGAAGAAGAUCACGAUCACCAGAAAGAAGAAGAAGAUCUCGUUCUCCUCAUAGAAGAAGAAGGAGGUCGCGCUCACGUGAAAGACAUCGAUCACGUGACAGAUCACGCCGCUCACGAUCACGAAGAAGAUCUCGUUCUCGUGGUAAAGAUGGAAAAUCAAAAAGUGGAAAUGAUAAAGAUGGAAGAAAAACCGCAUCCAAGUUUAGUGAUGUCAACCCGUUAUCGCAAGACUUCGAGCAAGCGAAGUUGGAAGAUGAGAUGAAGAAGCGAAGGGAGAGAGUUGAAAAGUGGAGGUCGGAGCAAAAGUCCUCCAAUACUGGAGAUGGGAACGAUGAGGAUGAUGAGAAUAAACCGAGAAAAAUUUGGUCGCUUGAAGAUGACGACGAUGAUGAAGAAUUAGAUGGAGAUAAUGAGAACAAAAUGGAUGCAGGAGAUGCUGAAGAUCAGAAGAUGGAUGUUGAGAAGAAGAAAGUUGAAGAAGAAGAAGAAGAAGUUGACCCUCUUGAUGCUUUUAUGAUGGAUUUGACACAAAACAAAAACGACACAAAUAAAUCUGAAAAAGAUGGUCCCCAGGUAAGCAGAAUAACUUCUGUUGCCUCAAAAUCCAACAAAGGGAAAGUUAAAGGGGAAUUAAUGGAAGGAAAUAUGGAUGCAAUGGAAUAUUCAUCUGAAGAAGAAGAAGAGUCGCUCGAUUCAGCUUUCAGUAAAUUCCAAACCAACCGACAACAACCAAAGAAGUUGGAAACCACAAUCGAUCAUUCAAAGAUUCCGUACGAAAAUUUUCGCAAGAAUUUUUAUGUUGAGGUUCCAGAGCUUGCUGCUUUAACCACAGAGCAAGUUGAGGCGAUGAGGUUUGACAUGGAAAACAUUAAAAUUCGAGGAAAAAGUUGUCCAAAGCCCAUACAGUCAUGGGUACAAGCUGGCGUUUCAUACAAGAUGUUAAAUGCGCUGAAAAAAGCAAAUUAUGAGAAGCCGACCGUGAUUCAAGCACAAGCAAUACCAGCUAUUAUGUCCGGGCAUGACUUGAUAGGAAUAGCAAAGACUGGGAGUGGAAAGACAGUUGCGUUCUUGCUGCCGAUGCUUCGGCAAAUUAUGGAUCAACGACCUCUUGAAGAUACAGAAGGACCUAUUGCUGUAAUUAUGACUCCAACUCGAGAGCUUGCGCUACAAAUCACCAAGGAAUGCAAGAAAUUCACAAAAUCUCUUAAACUUCAUGUUGUUUGUGUGUAUGGGGGAACUGGAAUUUCAGAGCAGAUUGCUGAGUUGAAGAGAGGAGCCGAGAUAAUAGUUUGUACACCAGGAAGAAUGAUCGAUAUGUUGACUGUGAAUAACGGUCGCGUUACAAACCUGAGAAGAUGUACAUACCUUGUACUUGAUGAAGCGGACCGUAUGUUUGAUAUGGGGUUUGAACCGCAGGUGAUGCACGUGAUCAACUCUUGUCGACCGGACCGACAAACAGUUCUUUUUUCAGCGACAUUUCCUCGCCAGAUGGAGGCGCUAGCGAGACGUAUAUUGAACAAACCAGUCGAGGUACAAGUUGGAGGAAGGAGCGUGGUUUGUUCGGAUGUCAAGCAACAAGUGUUGAUUUUGACAGAGGAACAAAAAUUCUUGAAACUUCUUGAGUUGCUUGGUCAAUACCAGGAGAAAGGAGCAGUCUUGGUAUUUGUUGAUAAACAGGAACGAGCAGAUUAUCUUCUAAAGGAGUUAAUGGACAAAAGUUAUUCAUGCAUGGCUUUGCAUGGAGGUAUUGAUCAAUACGACCGAGAUUCGAUUAUCAGCGAUUUCAAGAGAGGAGUAAACCAACUGUUAAUUGCGACAUCUGUUGCCGCGAGAGGUCUCGACGUUAAAAAUCUAAUUCUUGUCGUAAACUUCAACUGCCCCAAUCAUUAUGAGGAUUAUGUGCACAGAUGUGGAAGAACUGGACGGGCAGGGAAUAAGGGCUUUGCAUACACCUUUAUCACUCAAGAUCAAGCUAGAUACGCCGGUGAAAUUAUCAAAGCUCUCGAACUCAGCUUAACCAAAGUGCCUCCUGAUCUUGAAAUGUUAUGGAACCAAUUUAAAGAGGAACAAAAAGCGCAAGGAAAGUCAGUAAAAUCCAACAGUGGUUUCACUGGACGGGGUUUCAAAUUUGACGAAACAGAAUAUGUGAUUGCUAAAGAAAGAAAACAAAUCCAGAAAGCUGCGUUGGGAUUGCAGGACUCAGAUGAUGAUGAGGCGGCGGAAGAUAUUGAUGAGCAAAUAGAAUCCAUGUUCAAUAGCAAGAAGAUUGUGAAAGAUGUCCUCGGCUCUAUCAGCAACGCAACUACUGCUCCUGGUGCUGGGGUUAAUGCAAAUAAAGCCAAGUUAGAUGUUGCCAAGCGACUUGCAUCUAAGAUUAACAUGCAGAGGAACCUGGGGGCUGGGGCUCAGGAUGUUAUGCAACAAGCAGCCACCGCAUUAAUGAAAGGUGGCGUCUUCACUGGACCCAAAGUUUCAGCCAAAACCAUCGCAGAACAAAUGGCCGAGAAAAUCAACUUGAAGCUCAACUAUGUACCACAGGAGAAACCAGAUGAGGAGGAAGACGAAUCAAAGAACUCGCUCAAGCGUUACGAGGAAGAAUUAGAAAUUAACGACUUCCCUCAGACAUGCAGAUGGAAGGUUACCUCGAAGGACACUCUCGUUCAAAUCAGUGAAUAUAGUGAAGCAGGAAUUACCAUUAGGGGGCAGUAUUUCCCGAAAGGAAAGCAACCGGGUGAAGAAGAUCGGAAACUUUAUCUCGCUAUCGAAGCGGUUUCUGAGCUUGCUGUACAAAAAGCAAAGAAUGAAGUGACCCGGUUGAUUAAAGAGGAGCUUAUCCGACUCCAAAAUUCUUACCAACCGGUCAACAAGAGCAGAUACAAAGUUUUGUGAUGGAAAAGUCUUCCAUGCGUGUCUCAUCACUGCCCGUUGUGGUUGCAGUUUGUUUGUAAAACAAAAAUUACGUUUAUCGUGAAUUGAAAUUACUGAGUAAAACGCUAACCGAAAUAAAUCGUUUUAUCAUUCUAAUGGCACCCAA